AGAAUUGUGCGCUAUUUUCACGUGGAAGUUCCUUAAGAUAUUUUCACAAAAAUAUAUUAUAAUUAUUUCAAUAAUGGCACGACAUCAGUUUUACCAAAGAUACUCUAAGCAACAAAUGGAAGAUAGUGAAUCAGAAGAAGAUGAAGAAACAGCACAAAAAUACGAUUAUGCAAAUAAAGAAACAAACAGAAAUCAACAUAAUAAUUAUGCUAGCAGUGAAGAUGAACAGCACAAAUAUCAGAGAUUUGACUCAACGGCAUCAUAUACAAGCGAAGAUGAACCAAAUCAAACACAAAAUUAUGCUAGCCAGCAAUCAGAAAAUGAGUCAAUAAGUUAUUAUAAUCCAGAGUCUUUUGAAGAGGAACAGCAGUCAUAUUAUGGUGCAGAAGCAAUUAAAAGAACAUAUUCAUAUACAAGUGAUGAGGCAGAUGAUGCUGUCUCUAAUAAACGACAAAAAUUAAGUGAAUCUACGGAAUCGCCAUAUCCGAGUGACAGUGAACCAAAUGCAAACAGUUAUGAGCCGUCCCGAUCAGUUCCUGAUGAUAAUAAUGGUCAAUCAGGAUUUUCGAGUUAUGAUAAUCUCUAUUCCGGUUCAUCACGUAAAAUGAUGGAAAAGAUGGGAUACAAAAAGGAUUGUGGUCUAGGAAAAUUAGGACAAGGAAGAAUUGAGCCAAUUAUUGCAAGUCAACAGAAAGGACGUCGUGGUCUUGGAUUAAAACUUGAUGAAUUGGAUAGAGCCGCUAAUAAUUGGGAUCCAGCAAUUGAACAAUUAUCGAUACCUGAAAAAGUUGAUUGGAUUGAUAAUAAUGAACCUGAUGAAAGCUUAUUAGAAUUAACAAUGGAUACUCUUAUUUCAUGGGUUCAAAGAGGUCCAAAAAAAUCAACGAUCGACAACGAAACAAAAUUUUGUGAUGAAGACGUUCUAAGACGUGUGCUAGAAUCAAAGAGUGUAUUUGAUAAAUUAGGUGCUGAAGACAUGAGACGCGCUCGAACAAAAUCAAAUCCUUUUGAAACAAUUCGUGGGAAUAUCUUCCUUAAUCGUGCAGCCGUAAAAAUGGCUAAUAUGGAUUCAAUGUUUGAUUUCAUGUUCUCAAAUCCAGUUGAUGAACUUGGAAAUGCUGUAAUUGGAAAUGAUGAUUUAUUAUAUUUUGCUGAUGUCUGUGCCGGUCCCGGUGGUUUUAGUGAAUACAUUUUGUAUCGUAAAAAAUGGGAAGCUAAAGGAUUUGGAUUUACAUUAAAAUCUGAAAAUGAUUUUAAACUGCAUGACUUUUUUGUUGGACCGCCAGAGACUUUCUCUCCGUUUUAUGGCAUCAAUGAUGAUGGAAAUGUUUACGAUCCUGAAAAUAUUAAAUCAUUUGAAGAACUUAUUAAGGAUCAAACAGAAUCAGGAGUGCAUUUUAUGAUGGCUGAUGGUGGUUUCUCCGUUGAAGGACAAGAGAAUAUUCAAGAAAUCCUUUCGAAGCAACUUUAUCUUGCACAGUGUCUUUGUGCAUUAACGAUUGUGCGAACGAAAGGACAUUUUGUUGUAAAAGUAUUUGAUCUCUUCACGCCAUUCAGUGUCUCAUUAAUUUAUUUAAUGUAUAAAUGCUUCUCAAAGAUUAGUAUUUGUAAGCCCAACACUAGCCGACCUGCUAAUUCUGAAAGAUAUUUAGUUUGCAAGUGGAAGAAACCAUAUACUGAUACUAUUCAACGUCAUCUUUUCGACAUCAACAAGGAACUUUGGAAGCAGAAAAAUACAGAGAAUAUGGAUGUUUUAGAACUAGUUCCAUUUGACGUAAUUCAAAAUGAUCAAAAAUUCUAUGACUACAUCUACGAUAGCAAUAAUAUAAUUGGAAAGAAUCAAAUUAUUGGCUUGAUGAAAAUAGCUGCUUAUUGUCACGACCAUGAAUUAUUAGAGACCCGUCAAUCAGACAUUCGUAAACAAUGUCUACAACUUUGGAAGCUACCGGAUGAGAGUCGUAAGAAGCCAAUUACAAAAAGUAGUGAGCAGAUUUGUGCACAAUUAUUGGAACCAAAAUGGUUAAAGGAAAAAUUCAUGAACGCACCAGAAAGAUUAUUAGAAUCUGUAGAGCAUUUAAAAGGACAUAUCCAUUCAGUACUUGAUUGGUUUUUUGUUGGCGUUGACGAUAUCGUAAAGUCUAGUAAAAGUCGUACAUUUUUCAUGUCUCGAGGACGAUUUGAUAUUCAUACUUACAACAUGUCAUCGAGUAUUUGGGAACCAUUAUGUAAUGAACAAUUAGAAAUGCCAGCAAAUACAUUGAUUUAUGGAGAACUUGUAAAGGAACUAAUUGGACAGGGUCUUUCACAAGUCUCAUCGACAGCAUUACACAUUAUUGAUGGAAUCAUUUUAGGCGGUAAAGAUAUUCGACAUUUGCCAUUAGCAGAACGAAAUCAAAUGUGCCAGAAAUUCGCAAGAGCAUUAACAAAGCCGUCACAAUGUAGUGACAAUAAGUCACUUCCAAUACGUUGUAAAAAGUUAUUUAAAUUGACCGAACUUGAGUCAUUUUUUGAACACUUGGUGCCUCGACGUCUCAAAGAUAAAAGCGAAAAAAUGGGCUACGAUAUUGGGCGAAACACAACAAAUCGUUUUCACAUCCCCCGUGCCCUAUUAUUGUUAAAUGAAGUUCGUAGUGACAAAAUGAGAUGCUUUUCAACGACACAAAAGAAAGUUUAUUAUUUUGACAAAACAACAAAGAAGACAGACUUUGCUGAAAACUUACAAGCCGCUGAAAAAUAUGCUUCAUUUAAAAACACAUUCACGAACCGUCUCAUUUGGAAAUUCGAAGUUCGUGAACAGAUUUUGGAACGCGUUGAGCCUUCACGUAAAAAACGAGAAUAUUUGUACCGUGAUGAUUUUAAUAACUUUGUUGAUGGUAAAACACCAAAAAUUUAUUGAUUGGUGCAUCAAUGAUUGUAAAAAUUAUUCUUUUAUUAUUUGUUAAUUUACAUUUAUUAUAAUGCAUAGCUUUAAAAUGAACGAAGAAUGAAGAAAUUUAAUAAUUAAAUAAAUGAAUAUCUAAG